AUGAAGAAUCGUCUGUUGUAUUGGGAGUUCUCUCCUACGACAGGAUCUGGCUUGUCUUUUCAUCCAUUGAAUUUCCUUCUCAAUCAAGCGUUUAUGCAUUCUGUUUUAGUAAUUGGAAGCGGGUUCCUCGGAGGCCACAUUAUUCGGCAAUUAUGCAAGCGUGAAGAACCCCGAAUUGCUGCGUUUGAUCUUUUCGACAAUGAAAAGCUGCUUCAAGAACUGGGCCAUCGAUUCACCAUGUACAAUGGUGAUUUGACGAAAAACGAAGAUUUAGAUCGUGUGUUUUCUUCCUUCCAGCCCCAAACUGUCAUCCACACCGCAUCUCCUGUACACAACUUGGCUCGCGAUAUUUACUUUCAAAUAAACGUAAGUGGAACAGAAAACAUCAUCCGCGCCUGUAAGAAACACAACGUCAAUGCUCUAGUAUAUACAAGCUCUGCCGGUGUAGUCUUCAAUGGUGCUGACUUGAUUAAUGUGAACGAAGAAUGCCCUUACCCCAAGGUGCACAUGGAUGCAUACAACGAGUCAAAGGCACUUGCCGAAACUAUUGUCCUUGAAAACAACUCUCCCUCGCUAAGAACCUGUUCUCUUCGUGUUGCUGGCCUCUUCGGCCCAGGCGACCGUCAACUCGUUCCCGGUAUGCUCUCCGUGUUACGAAAUGGCCAGACAAAGUUUCAGCUCGGUCAAAAUUUGAAUCUUUUUGACUUUACUUAUAUUGAAAAUGCUGCUCAUGCUCAUUUAUUGGCCGCGGAUAACCUUCUUUUACACAAUUCUACCGCCGCUGGUCAAGUGUUCUUCAUCACUAAUGGACAAGCUAUCUACUUUUGGGAUUUUAUUCGUGCCAUCUGGGCUAAUGCUGGUCAUGUCCCUCCGUACACUAUUGUGUUCCCCCGAUCUUUGGGUAUAGCCUUGGCCACUGCUGCUGAGUGGGCUUGCUAUUUCCUUGGUAAGGAACCAGGUUUCACUCGUUUCCGUGUUCAAUUCAGCUGUGCAAACCGUUACUUCGACAUCACAAAGGCUCGUGAACUUUUAAACUAUCGUCCUAUUUACGAUUUAGAGGAAGGAAUUAAGCGUACUCUCCAAUGGAUGGAUACUGAAAAAAGUACCUAAUGUUUUUAAUGCAUCUCUCAUUUCUUUUCUUUCCUAUCCCGUGAACAAUUGCCUUUCUGCAACACUCUAUCCAACUUUUCCGGCAAUUCGAUCUCUGUCUGCUCCACAAACUCUCGUCUCAUGACUUUUUCCUAUGCCAACAUGUGCUGUAAAAAAAAAAAAGAGCAUAUGAUCUUUAAUUAUUACCUGUUGUUGUCUUUCGACUGUUUGUAGAAUUUCUCAAUAAUCAUUCGAUACGCCCUUGCACAUGUUGCUGACAUAUAUAUAUAUAAUAUUCUUACACGCUUGUAUUUUUUUUUUUCUUUUUAAUUGUAUCUCAGUAGAACGCUAAUGAUUUUUAUUACCAUCCUGCCGUUU